AGAGAGAGAGCGAGAGAAAGAGGGAGACAAACUAACACUGGAUCCUUUCUCCGAACCAAAGACCAGGACCAAGGCCUGUUUAGCCCAGACGAAAUGGCUGAAGUUAGUGAGAUAUUGAUGUCGGUUCUGUCCACGAUUCGGGUUCCGAGGCCCGGAGACCGCGUCCAUAAAGACGAAUGCGCGCUGUCAUUCGCUACCCCGGAGAGCGAGGGCGGUUUGUAUGUGUGUAUGAACAGUUUUCUGGGCUUUGGAAGUAAGUAUGUGGAGAGACACCAUCUAAGAACCGGACAGAGGGCGUAUCUGCACAUCACCCGAACCCGCAAAACUCAGAAAGAAGAUGAGAACAACUCAGGGUCAGGUGACCCUCCCAAGAAGAAGCCCACCAGAUUGGCCAUAGGGAUAGAGGGAGGUUUUGAUGUGGAGCGGGAGCAGUAUGAGGAGGAGGUGAAAGUUGUCCUCUUCCCAGACAGACAGGAAGUGACAAAAGAGGACUUGGCCACCAUGCCGGACGUUGUGAGAGACAGAGUGAUGCUGUCGAUCAACGGGCUGAUGGCGGCAGACUCAGUGUCUCACACCCUGCAGGUGCAGCAGUGGGACGGGGAGGUGAGACAGGAGUCCAAACAUGCGGCAGACCUCAAACAGCUGGAUAACGGCAUCAAAAUACCACCCAGUGGGUGGAGAUGUGAAGUGUGUGACCUGCAGGAGAACCUGUGGAUGAACCUGACGGAUGGGAAGGUUUUGUGUGGGCGGAGGUAUUUUGACGGCUCUGGGGGAAAUAACCACGCCCUGGAGCACUUCCAGCAGACUGGAUAUCCACUGGCUGUCAAACUGGGAACCAUUACACCUGAUGGAGCAGACGUGUACUCUUAUGAGGAAGAUGACAUGGUGUUGGACCCUAAGCUGCCAGAACACCUCACCCACUUUGGUAUCGACAUGAUGACGAUGGAAAAGACGGAGCGGACGAUGACGGAGCUGGAGAUAGCGGUGAACCAGCGUGUCGGGGAGUGGGAGGUGAUCCAGGAGUCCGGCACGGCACUCAAGCCCCUGUGGGGUCCGGGACUGACGGGCAUGAAGAACCUGGGAAACAGCUGCUACCUCAACUCUGUCGUCCAAGUGCUCUUCACCAUCCCAGACUUCCAGGACAAGUACGUCUCAAAUAUCGACAAGAUCCUCGACGAGGCCCCCAGCGACCCCACACAGGACUUUAAAACUCAAGUAGCCAAACUGGGUCAUGGUUUACUCUCUGGUGAAUAUUCCACUGACCCUGGUGAUGACCCCAGUGCAGAACACAGGGAUGACCAGGUUGGCAUAGCGCCGCGCAUGUUCAAAAACCUGGUUGGGCGGGGCCACCCUGAGUUCUCCACCAAUCGGCAGCAAGAUGCCCAAGAGUUCCUACUGCACUUUAUCAAUAUGGUGGAGAGAAACUGCCGGUCAGGACUGAAUCCGUCGGAGGCGUUCCGUUUCCUGGUGGAGGAGAGAAUCGUCUGUCAGCAGUCACAGAAGGCCAAAUACACCCAGAGAGUGGACUACAUUGUCCAGCUGCCUGUGCCCAUGGACCAGGCCACAAACACAGAGGAGCUCCAGGAGGCGGAGCGUCGGCGUGAGGAGGCGGAGGCUGCGGGAACCCCGCCCCCUCCCAUUCCUCGUGCUAAAAUCCCAUUCGCUGCCUGUUUGGCAGCUCUCAGUGAACCAGAGACACUGACAGACUUUUGGAGCUCCGCAGUCCAAACCAAAACCACUGCCACCAAGACGACCCGGUUUGCCUCCUUCCCUGACCACCUGGUCAUUCAGAUUAAGAAGUUUACCUUUGGCCUCGACUGGGUCCCCAAAAAACUGGAUGUGAGCAUAGAUGUUCCUGACACGUUGGAUCUGAGCGCGCUCCGCGCCACUGGACAGCAGCCAGGGGAGGAGCUUCUGCCCGAGGUGGCCCCGCCCCCUCUCAUGACCCCCGACGUGGAGGUCAAAGGUAUCCUGGGUUCCCACGGCAACGAGGAGGACGACUCUCUCUACUCCCCACUGCUGUGUCAGUCUGUCUCCCCUGUGCUGGAUGACUCUACGGUGAUCCAGCUCUGUGAGAUGGGUUUCCCACUGGAGGCCUGCAGGAAGGCUGUGUACUAUACUGGGAACACUGGAAUCGAUGCUGCCAUGAGCUGGGUGAUGGGACACAUGGAAGACCCAGAUUUCGCCGCCCCCUUGGUGUUGCCAGGCAGCAGCUCCGCCCCGGGGACAACGCCCACGGAAAGCGUAUCAGAGGAGCACCUGGCAACCAUCGUUUCUAUGGGCUUCAGUCGAGACCAGGCCACACGCGCCCUCCGUGCCACGAGUAACGUGCUGGAGCGGGCAGUGGAUUGGAUCUUUUCUCAUCUGGAUGAUUUGGAGUCCAUGGACGUGUCUGAGGGGGGGCGUUCUGAGGGGGCCAGUGAGGGGAGUCGGGACCCACCACCCGGACCCCGCGUCAGAGACGGGCCUGGGAAGUAUGAGUUGUUUGCCUUUAUCAGUCACAUGGGCACGAGUACAAUGUGUGGACACUACGUCUGUCACAUCAAAAAGGACCAACAGUGGGUAAUUUUUAACGAUCAGAAAGUGUGUGCCUCUGAAAAACCACCCAAAGACCUGGGAUACCUGUACUUCUACAGGAGAGUGGCCGAGUGAACAACACACACACACACUCUCACACACACACACACACACA